AUGGAAGGAAACAGCCAAGGAACGUUUAACCACUCAGAACCAGUCAGUUCUUCUGUAGCAGUGGACACUGAAUGCGUGUGCGAGCACGCCCUUGAUGCUGCUGUGGACGAAUUCGAAGCGCAGAAGAACAGCUUUGUUGCAGAAUCUCUUCUGCCUUCUCCACUUUAUGAUCAACCUUCCUGUGAUGACGUUGAUCUGCUUUCUGCCAUCCCUCUACCACCAGAUGGUAUCCCGCAGGAGUUCAUCGCAAAAUAUGGUUGUUGGAAGGCGGACGAUGAUCCCGAGGGACCAGGGCAUCCUCCGAGCAAAAGGCUGAAAAGGCCCCCGGUUUUCUCGGGUAAUAAUAUACUCUAAUGAAUUCGAUUUUUCGUGCAGUAUCGGCAUCUUCAGUUGAGUGCUAGUUGAAUUUGUUUUCCAGAGUUUCACUGCCAUGAUCAAAGAGACAUGUUGAGCUUGGAGGAUUAUUUAGUUUCACUGGUAACGUUUCUCAUCUCUUAGAAUCGUUUCUGCUGAUUUUGUUGUUUUGAUCUGAUUGUGAUUCGUCGUUAUAUUUAACGUAUUAUCCAUAAAUAGGAUAGAUUCCACUGAUUAAUUUGGAGCGAAUGAAUUUUUUUCUUAAAAAAUCUUAUGUGAAUUUUUAAAGCAACAGAAUACAGUGGAUGUGUGAAUAUUUUCAUUUCAUAAGAAGAAUUAGCACGUGCGUAAUUUUUUCCUUGUGGAUGAUAUUUUCACAAUGGCGUUCACCUUUUUGAAUCAUGUCUGCAUCAAUUAAUAUCUAACAGUGUCCAUGUCCGGUGGAGGAACAGCUAUAUGAGGAAAGUUAUAACGCCGCCGUACAGUCUGAAACAGCAGCAGUAACUGUCGCCGCACAAGGUCUUUGCUCCAAAGAAUCCACCAGUUCAAAUGCUAUUGACAGCCGGGUAAGACUUAAUACCCUGGAAAAACUGGGGCCCUGAAGCAGUAGCCUUGCUGCCAUUAGAGUUGCCGCCUAAUUGAUGAACCUUCCAGAUGUUCUCUUUGAUGGAAUUCUGAAGGGUUUCGAAAAUUUUGUGAAUUUUAAUGAUCGAUUCGACUGGAUUUGCGAAUGUUCCCUCUGUUUUCCUUGUCUGAUGAUGGGUUUUCUUCCAUCAGCGGCGAAGGGCCAAGAUUGCAGAAGGAAUUAAAGCGUUAGAAGAGAGCACCCCGCAAUCUGGAAAGGUUCACCUUGAACCGCGUUCUGUUUUCCGCCAUUGUAGCUUUCGACUACAAGGAAUCAUCCUGCCUUGCUGUUUCUAUGUUAAAUAUCAACAGAAGAUCUUGCAGAAUCAUAAACCGGAAUGGUGGGAUCGACCCACACGUCCCGGACACUGCGCUUGGUGAUGGGCCAAGAUGUUUUCUGGAGGUCUUACAGCUCCUUUACAUUAGAAAUGGGACCUCACCCUCCACAUUCACGAAAACCCUAACAUGGUAGAAUGGGUACCCCAGCAUCACACUAAAUCGCGUCAGUAAGUCCUUAUCUUACCUAAAUUGUCUUAGCCGGUUGGCCCCUCGGUCGCAAAACCGCGAAAAAGUGGGACCCAGGCCAAAUGUUUCUACCCCCUCCACCCAGCCCAGGACUGCGGAAGAGAAUAAAUACUCACUAAACGAAGCAUGGUACUUUUUACUUGAUCUUUCUGCAAAACUCUUAAUAUUUUAUAUGGUUACUGAAUCUGAUCGAUUUUUCUCUAAUGGCCUGAAUCUCUGUUUAUCGAGAGCGACGAAUGAGGCUCACUCCAUGACACGUGGGCAGAUGCCUUUACCCCCUUCUCUUAUAGCAAAGAAGAACAUGGAUACCCUCUGUCUGACUGAAAUUAUCUUCCAUCUUUCAAUAUUUAGACCGGAUUUGGCCACCUGUUUUUCCGUUUUUUUAAUUAUUUUAAGAUUUUCUUGGCUCAAUUCCUCAUCAUCAAAUAGAGGAUCUAUUGGCUCUUGCUUUUGUUUCCUCACGUUCAUAUCUGAGCUUGGUACACAGGGCACGAGAGAAUCGGUGCUUGAUGAUGCGAUCGACUACAUCAAAUACCUGAAAUUGCAACUCCUGGCAAGUCACGUCCUACUUAAGCGAUUUCUUUUCAUAUUCUUUAGAGCAAUGGAAAUUCGUAUCACAUGAUUCAGUGGCUCAUCGAUUGUUUCAACUAGCUUCUGCUAGUUCGAUCAAAUAGUAUCCGGCCCAGGAUAUUGCGAUUGAUCUAUUUGGAUUAGUGUUUUUAGUGAAACGUGAGCCAACAAAAUACAUAGUCUCUUUCAAGCAUCCUUUUCAAUUGGGGUACUGUUUGCCGCCCAGAAAUGAGUCAAAAUCAGGAAACUCAGUUUAAUGCCUGGCUCUUAGUUUAAUGUUCCAACACUCCAUAUAUACUUCGACAGAACGUGGAACAUGAGCCGAGAUAAGUACUUUUGACCUGAUCUAUUUCAACCGCCCUUCUGAGUUGACGAGAAAUGAGCAAAAAGUAGAAAGCUCUGGAUGUAUUGUUGUCAGACAAGGGAGCGAGAUUGCUUCCAAUUGUGUCUUCCCUUAAAUCCACCAAACCAACGUGGCAUUUCAGCUCGCACUCGGCUCUGUAUGACUUUGUGCAUUCACAUCUCUACCACGUAUCAUGCAGGCUCUGGGUCAAAGCCGCCUGGGUGGCGAGCCCAUCCAUCAUCCCUUCGUUCAUCUUGAGGUACCCAUACAUCUUCCUUCUCACAAAGACCUUCCCCCCCCCCUUUGCCCUAACCUUUGACAGUGACAACCCAUCUCUAAGUUGAGGAGUCUUGAGACGUUCCUGUUGGCCCUGCCUCCGCAGGGCUUCGGUCACUACAUCCUCCACCAGCAGAUGCGGACGGAGCCCCUGGAAGAGGUGAUGGGCCAUCUGAUGGAGUCCAACCUGCCCACAGCGAUCCGGUUGCUGGAGAGCAAGGGGCUCGAGUUGCUCCCCAUCUCCUCCGCGGAUAUAAUCCUCCGAGCUGGUACAGCAUUGUAG